GAGAGAGAGAGAGAGAGAGAGAGAGAGAGAGAGAGAGAGAGAGAGAGAGAGAGAGACACACACACAUACACACACAGAACAGAGCCAGAUAAGGAGACGGAGAGAGAGAGAGAGAGAGAGAGAGAAGGAGAAGGGAUCGGAGGGGGACUGAAUGCAGCCGCGGCAGGGAGAGGAGAGCGAGGACAUGGGUGUGAAGAGCAAGGCUGCCGCCGCGAUCGUCAUUCUGCUGAUGUUCCUCGGCUGCUUGUGGCUACAGGGAGGCCUGGACUACCACUGGGACUCCUGCUUGAAGAGUUACAACCAGGUAAACAAUCUCAACCAGUUGACCAACAGAAGUGGGGCUGGGGAGGCAGAGGGCCCGUUGCGACAGGAGGGGUGUCCGGGCCAGACCUUCCAGGUGUCCGCCCUGCUCUCUCACCUGCAGGAUGCCUCGGCCUCGCGCUCGGACAUCAUGCUGCAGCCGUAUCUCUCCAGCUGGGAUGAGCUGGUCAGGUUCAUGGAGGCUCUCGGCCCUAUGGUCGGGUUAAUAUCCAACGAGAUCGAGACCAAGACCACCCUGAUCCGCCAGCUGGCCCUGGCGGCAGAGGAGGGUCCGGAGGCCGAGCUCCGUCCGGACAACCCGCCGGCCCGGUUCGCCGGCACCUCGGGGGCCGACGACCGCCGCGCCUACCGCUCGGUGCGCUCCAUGAUCCACGUGGAGCUGCAGAGCGGCCUGGUGGACUUCCAUCAGACCAGCGACUCGGGCUGCCGCACCCUGCUCCGCCUGCACCGCGCCCUGGACUGGCUCCGGCUCUUCCUGGAGAAGCUGGCCGAGACGCCGGCCAGCGGCACCAGCGGCCGCCUGCGGAGCCCGUCGGAGCUGUGCCGCGAGGCCUACCAGAGCACGCUGGCGCACCACCACACCUGGUUCGUCCGGCGCGCCGCCGAGCUGGCCUUCAUCGCGCUGCCGGAGCGCGGCUUCUUCUACCGGCUGGUCUGCGUCCAGAACCAGGAGGAGCUGAGCAGACUGCUGCUCCGCGUCGUGGCGGCCAUCGCGCAGGUGUACGACAGGACUCAGGGGAUCCUGGAGGACAACCUGAUGCUGGACCUGCCCUAGUGCCCCGGGGCCAGGCAGCAGAGAGAGUAAGAGACUAACCGCAGCUUCCGUGGUAGGCGACCCCCCCACGCCAGGUUCUACCGCCUGCUGACUACUUCAUUUGAGGACCUUCUGCCAAAUACAGGGUUUACCACCCCAGACUUGUUUUCUUCCCAACCAAACUGUAGCGGGAACAAUCAACUAAUACCCUAGACGUAUUUACGUUUCAAUUGUAACAUUCCUCUGCACUCGACAUUACCUCCUUAUGUGAGGUGGACACACUGUCUUAAUAUUUUAUAUAUAUUGAAAAGAAAGUUUGCUGAAAGAAAACUAUAAUUUAUUUAUAUGAAUUAAUCAUUGAAAACAGUCCAACUUGGAGUAUACCUAAGCAUUUUUACCUUAAAUUAUCUAUAAAUAGGAACAUAUGGAUUUAUUGAAAUAUAUUUUAUAAAAGACUGAUUUUAUUUAAUUUUUGGGUGAAAAUUAUGAAGGUUACCAUCUUAGAAUAUUUCUAUAAUAGAUUUUACAUUGUGAAAAGAUUUUUAUGACGUUUGAAUAAAAAAAUGAUCUGUCAGAUAAAACAAAUCACAAUCAUCAA